UCUCCAAAUUGACUCCACUGUAAAGCUAGGUUUUGCCACUUCAAGAGAUUCAACAACGGCAUGCGCAACUAGCCCUCCAAGUUAAGCGCUAAGUUUCGCAUUAUGCAACGACGACAUCGCGCAACUUUGGCAAUCUCGGACGACAUUGUCUCUGCAGCAUCUGACCAUGUGGAGCCUAAUUCAACUGCGGGUCCGGCAGGAGUAGGUCACUUUGACCCAGAUCUGGUGGAAGAGGUGGAACCUCUUGAGCUUCCCGACUUGAGUUUCGAGUUCGAGUCGCUAUUGUCUAGCAACCCAAAUGUCUGGAACACCCCGCUCCGUUUGGAUAAACGAGACCAUCAGAGCGCCUUUGAGGUCCAGGAUCACGACCUGCCAGCAUGGGUUGGAGACAUAUUCCCCAGCUUCUUACCUGCCAUCCCUCCCGCCUUGCCUCUAAUAAAUCUGGAAAAUCCGUGCAUCGAUGAGACUGGGCAACCAUAUAUCCACCCAUUUCUCAGACCCGGCCUCUUUCCUCGAGUAAUGAGAGAAGACAAAGAGUUUAAUUCAUGGAUUAAGGUUCGCUUUCUGAAUAGUGCAUGGGGCGAAAAUUUGCAGCCGUCUGUUCAGAACUCAGUGCCACUUCGGGAUCUCUCAUCAACACAGACCCCUCGCAGUAAAGACACUCCGCACCCACCUACACAACCAGGCCAAGAUCCAAAUUCCCUCCGGCCUACGGCAUCAUAUCUUCCCAAGCACUUUGGUUCAAUUAUUCUGCGGACUAACGUUGACCGGCAAUUGUACAGCUUCUAUAUUGCGGCUUUCUGCUCUGGCAGGACAGUGAUACCUAACGACAACCCCGUGAGGCACGAAAUAGCCCCAAUAGCAGCUAGCAAUGAACUCGUCAAGCACUCUCUCCUUGCCCUGACUGCAAGCUACUUCCUAGACUUCCAGAAAGGCUCGGUCAUAGCUCAGACAGCCAAGUCUCAUCACAACAAAGCUGUCACGAUUCUGGACCAAGAGCUCAGAUCACUCGAGUGGGGAGUGCCUGGGAAGGAAGAAGCCAUCACUGCAGGCCUCUUACUAAUCAUUCUCAACGAGAUUAUCAACUGGGAAGGGACUUCAGGCCAGCGCCAUCCUGUCUGGUAUCGAUGUGGCGAGGUAGUCCGGCGAAUUCUCGACAAGUCAGACCCGGGGAUCAAGUACCGUGCACCAUGUCAUGUCCAGACAUCAAGAGCAAGACCCCAACUAGCCGCUAUGUAUACCAUGCACAAUAUUUUCAGCGAUUGCUUUUACCCUUUGAAUCUUUCUGCCAAACGAUGCCCGACACCUUGGCUGCUACAUGGAAGUAAUUUGGAACAACGACAAAUUAAUGGAUCCAUUGGCGCGAGUCCAAAGUUGAUGCACUACUUUGCCAAGAUCACCUUUUUAGCUACCAAGUUGUACAAUGAUCCGAAAGCCCGAACAACACUCAAGGUCGCUAAGGCACUUGAGCUUGCCUUAGACAACAUCCACCAGUGGUCCGAGAUCUCGCUUUACUACUAUCCGAAAGCAAGUGAUAUUUUUGAUAAAUGCAAGUUAGAUGAUGAUGGUUUCGUCAAAACAGCGAGUGAGGUUCUUGAUCUUGUUGCCUUCACGCACGUUGUAGCGGCAAAGAUAUAUCUAGAAUGUCGCGUUUUCAGACGACCAGCACGGUACGCGCCAGUCCAGGAAUGGUGUGAUCAGCUUUUCCGUGCGGUGCGAAUGAUGCCCGUCUCUGGUCAUCUUCUAUCUGCGAUAUGGCCCCUAUUCCCAUUCUUUAUUGGUGGGAUUGUGGCAGUGCAGAAAAAGCAUAAAGACUUCAUUCGGUCCAUCUACGCUACUUUCUGCACGAUUGCUCGAGGGGCAAGUCAAAAUUUAACACCGACUUGGACUGCAAUGCAGCACAUCUGGGAAUGGAUGGCUGAAAAUCAUACCGAUGAGUCGUUGGAAGAUACGGAUACAUCAUGGGAUGUAGCGGCAGCUGAUCCAUGGUGGGAAGCCAUGGUUGAGGAUAUGGUAGAACAUUGCGGUCGGGUCAAUGUUGCUUGAAUAAAAGUACUCUGUGCCAUGCUCCGAAAAGCCAAGCUCCCAUCCCGUAACUAAAUUUCUUUCUAUGCCUUUUAUUUUCAUGCAUGUUUACAGCUUGAACUGGGAG